AUGGCGUCAGCAGUGGCGAACUGGGCGGAUUUGGAGAAUGACGACAAUGAGCUGGACGAGGUAGUAACUCGGGACGCUGCGGGUAACCGGGUGGUGAGCGCGUAUUAUCGAGAAAGCGAUGGUCGGCAAAUGAAGUGUGAGAGAACCUAUGCAGUGGAGGAGGUAAUAAGUUAUGUGCCGCAGAAGGUGGAAGAGAGACAGGCGAGUUGGAAGAAGUUUGGUUUGGAGGCGCUUAACUUUAAUUUAGCGUCUGAUAAGAAGUACCAGACCAUUUCUUUUGAACAAGAGGAGAAGUUGGACCCGCCUAAAAGGCGUGGUCUCCUGGUGGAGAACGACGCCACUCAGGGUAUCGCCGAUGUCAAGCCUAUCGAACCGCCGAAGAAACUUAUGCUGGAGGUUCAAAAGAUGCUCGACGCCGUCUCCAGUGCCAGUCCGCAUGAGGCACUUGCCGCCAUUCAGGCUUCUGAACGCAAGAAGGAUGAACGUCUUACGGAACGUUUACCCGGCGAUACAGCGCCUCAUCGAAACCAUACAGAACAAGACGACCGAACUGUCCGAGUCACCAACUUACCAGACUACGUCGACGAAGUACAAAUCUACCAACUCUUCAACCGAGUCGGCGAUGUCUCUCGCCACUUCCUUGUCCGCAACAAAGAAACCAACCAGUCACGAGGCUUCGCCUUCAUCUCAUAUAAAACAAAAGAGGACGCCAAAUGCGCCAUCGAUAAACUCCAUGGUAAAGGGUUCUGCGGUGCCGUGCUCAACGUCGAAUGGGCACGACGCAAAAUUGAAACCUAA